AUGGAAAAUUCGGACAAGGAUGGAGACUGGUUUGCUAACGUGGAGAACAUCAAGCCUGUACGAGGCGGGCGACGGGCGCAGACGUUGUCUUCUCUGGCGAAAGGACCGGUUAGGUUAACACCGCAGGAAGUUGAAGAUAAAUUCCGGGAAGAGUUGAAAAAGGCUAAGAAGGCCGAAGAUCCACUCUCCAUAAUGUUAGACUUCCUUUCUUGGUUUCAAGAACAAUUCCCCAGUGGGAAACCGGCUGUAUUGUAUCCAAUUUUAUACAAAAUGUGUAUUACUUUUGGCAUCGAUAAGAGGUUUCAAAUGGACGAGCGGAUGUUGAAGUUAUGGUCAGAAUUGGCCGAGAACUUUCCAGAGAGGGGUCUAGCGGUAAUGGAGUUUGCUUAUACCAAGGGUUCUCUACGACAAAUGGCCAAAUUUUAUAUAAGAUGGAGUGACAUGUAUGAUACCAUGAGUAAGAUUUUAUUUCUUUUCUUGUUUUAGGUAACGGGGUCGAGCCCCAAAGUCUUUUCAAACGUCCUUAAAACUUUGACGGAGAGUUUUAGAAAAUUUUACCUUUGCCUCUCUUACCAUUUUUUCCUUUUGGCCCCUCCGUAUAUCUUAUCUUCUUCUUUAGAGAACGCUCGAAAAGCCAGAGAGACAUUGGAAUUAGGUAUUCGAAACUGUGCUGUUCCCGUAGAUCUUAUACAUGAAGCCAGAGACCGUUUAGAAAUGAGGUUAAUGAGAGAUUGUGUUCUUGCCAAGAAUCAAGAUGAUUCAGAUUACGAAGAGAUGGAUAUGGAUCAUUCCGAGGAUCCAGAGUUUGAUCAUACUGUCUACACUCAACCUCGUCGUCCGAUUGCUCGGUUACAAGGUAUUGGAGAUGCGGGGGAGGCUCCAAUGAUAAGGAAAGCCCUCAGUACGCCUUUAGGACCUAUCAGGGGACUUCCACAAUCAACUCCACAGCCGUCCUUUGAGAUAUUCACUGAUACUCCUCAACAAACACCGCGGCAGGCGACGACAAGUAGAACGAGAAAAAGAUUAGCCGAGGAAUUCGAACAGGAUCCCGAUUAUAUGGUAAGCUUAUGCGUUAUCUUUAGUAAAUUUUGUGUUUAGUCGUUAUUCGGCUUCUUUGACCAUCGCCCUAAAUCCACACUCCAUCUCUAUAUAGAUGAAAAUAACCCCAAACCAAUCAAUUGGAAGGAAUGCGGGGUCAAGGAGAUCAUGGAGACUCCAAACCCGGAGGCUGAAUUCGAAAUAUUUUGUGAUAAUCCACCAGAUCCUCCAAAGUCAAUUGCAAUGGUUCCAAAAACUCCGAUUUCUGGUCCGGUAAAAGCCAAGAUGAAACUGCGGAAAGAUUUUGCUUUGGAAAUGAGUAUCGAAGAAGGAUAUGCAAUGCUCAUCGAGAACAAGAAGAUCCAGCCAUUCGGAGAUUGCAAAGAAUAA